CCCUUGACCCGGUAGCGCGCUUGUCCUCUCCCGCUUGCCGUCUUCGCAGCCAUGGCGGCCGCUCGGCUCCCUGCAUGCCUGGUCCUGCAGCCGCGGGCCAGAAGCCUUCGAGCCUUUUCCACCUCUGUGUCUCCGGCCACUCGCUCUCCGAGACCAAGCCCGUCUACAACAGAAAGAACAUCCAGAUACGGAAGGCCACUAAGAAGAAAGGCACUACCUCCUAGGACAGAGAAAAUGGCUGUUGACCAGGACUGGCCUAGUGUUUACCCUGUUGCAGCGCCAUUUAAACCCUCAGCAGUACCUCUUCCUGUUCGAAUGGGUUAUCCAGUAAAAAGAGGGGUGCCUAUGGCUAAGGAGGGAAAUCUGGAACUUUUAAAGAUUCCCAAUUUUCUGCAUUUGACUCCUGUAGCAAUUAAAAAGCACUGUGAAGCUCUUAAAGAUUUUUGCACCGAGUGGCCAGCUGCAUUAGACAGUGAUGAGAAAUGCAGGAAGCAUUUUCCAAUUGAAAUUGACACAGCUGGUUAUGUAUCAGCGGGACCAUCUAUUCGAAACCCCAAAGCACGAGUAGUGACAUUAAGGGUUAAACUUUCCAGUUUGAAUUUAGAUGAUCACGCAAAGAAGAAACUUAUUAAACUUGUAGGAGAUCGAUACUGCAAGAGCACAGAUGUGCUCACCAUCAAGACAGAUAGGUGCCCCUUAAAGAGACAGAAUUAUGAUUAUGCAAUGUAUCUACUAACAGUUUUAUACCAUGAGUCUUGGAAAGCUGAAGAAUGGGAGAAAAAGAAGACUGAAGCAGACAUGGAAGAGUAUGUAUGGAAAGAUAGCUCCUCAGAAAAAAACAUCCUGGAAACCCUUCUCCAAAUUAAAGCUGCUGAGAAAGAUCUGGAAUUAAGUAAAGAAGAGCUCCUUGGUACUGAAGAAGUUGAAGAGUACAGAAAGUCUGUUGUUAGUCUUAAGAAUGAGGGGGACAAUGAAAAUACCCUUUCUCAGUACAAAGAAUCAGUGAAGAGACUAUUAAAUUUGACAUGAAUUAUAUAGAAAAAUGGCCUUGAUUUAUUAAUUUUAUGAUAUAUAUGUAAUCCUUAUCUAAUUUGAUAUACAGUUGAAGAUGUUAAAAAACAUUGUUUUAUUACAUCAGAGUUAAAAUUAUUCCUUUCAUCCUAAUGUGUAAAGGCAGUAUUCAGAAGUUUUCUUACUUAUGCACUGGGGCAAUCAGACUAAUUCUAUCUCUGUGAUUUCUUCUGAUUCUAAAGUGUUUGGAUUUUAUUUCUACCAUAACAACUUUAGUAUUCAUAUAUAUACAAUGUUGUUGUUUUGUCACCUGCUCCAUUUCUUUCCCUACAGAUUAGUACUUUUUGGUUGCUUUUGAAUAAUGAUUUUGGUUAUUUGGGAAGCUAGGCCCAGAACCCAGUCCCCUGACUGAAGUUCAGUGUUUUGUCUACAUAACUGCUAUCUGCCUAGUGAGUUUUUGCACAUGCUGAUUCUGAUUAGAAGCAGGUCCUUAGCAGUAUUUUCUAACCUAAAAGUUUGUUCCAUUCCUCUAUUUGGGGGUCACUUUAUGUUGAUUCAAUUCUGUUUAACAUCCUGGUUUCCAUUUUCUUUGGCGCAUUUCUCCAAGCCUAAGCUUGCAGAAAAGUGGAAAUGGAGAUUAGCUGGUAUUCAUCUCUCUGGAUGCCCCAGCUAGAACUUCCACAGCUCAGGAAAGAGAUGAGGUAAAAAGACCUUGAAUUUAAUUGGCGUAAAUGACAAAAUAACUGCCCUAAGAAACAUUUCAUUCAAUUUAGCUGUCAAUUCAGUACUUUUAAGUAUAUCUGUAAGUCAUUUCUUACCACUUAAAGUUGUCGACAAGUGAUUAAUUUAAAAUUGAAAUAAAGGAAUUAUGGAGGCUGUUAUUUGCCUAAAACUUAUUUUGCUUGACAGAAUUUGAGAACAUAAAAUGCCAAAAUGAAUUUCAGAACAAUUGCUCAAAAGAUUUAUAUAAAUUGAAGAUAUGAUUUAGUAUUAGCAAGGCCAAGAGUCCGUAGGUUAUAAAGGACAACAAUAGGGCCUUGAGUUCCAUCCAUUCCACUGG